GUGGGAGCAGAUCCAUUUCCGGGUUGGCAAAAGGGGCGGCGGCGGCGAGAGAGGGAGCUUGCUGGGGAGCUAGCCGGACGGGACGAAGCCGGAGCGGAGGUGGCGGAGGAUUCGCUCCCGGGGCAGCUACAGCCCGGUCGAAAGGAGGCCGAGGAGGCUGGGUCAUUCUAGGAGACCAUUUCAGUCAUGGCAAUGGCAAAGGUAUAUGAGUGACCUAAAGCUGCAAAUUAAAACGGAGAGAAAGCAGUAUCAACUGCGAGCAGGGCAAGGAUGCCAAUUCCUCCUCCCCCUCCACCGCCCCCUGGUCCUCCUCCACCUCCCACUUUUAAUCAGGCAAACACAGAGCCGCCCAAGCUGAGUAGAGAUGAGCAGCGGGGUCGAGGUGCCCUAUUACAGGAUAUCUGCAAAGGGACCAAGCUGAAGAAGGUGACCAAUGUUAAUGAUCGGAGUGCUCCCAUCCUUGAGAAACCCAAAGGAAGCAGUGGUGGUUAUGGCUCUGGAGCAGUUGCCCUGCAGCCCAAGGGAGGUCUCUUCCAAGGGGGAGUGCCGAAGCUCCGACCUGUGGGAGCCAAGGAUGGUUCAGAGAACCUAGCUGGUAAGCCAGCCCUACAAGUCCCCAGUUCUCGAGCUGCUGCCCCAAGGCCACCGGUGUCUACAGCCAGUGGGCGCCCUCAAGAUGAUACAGACAGCAGCCGAGCCUCACUCCCAGAACUGCCCCGGAUGCAGAGACCAUCGUUACCGGACCUCUCUAGGCCUAAUACCACCAGCAGUACAGGCAUGAAGCACAGCAGCUCUGCCCCUCCUCCACCACCCCCGGGGCGGCGGGCCAACGCUCCCCCUACACCUCUGCCUGUGCACAGCAACAAAGCCCUAGCCUACAACAGAGAGAAACCCUUGCCGCCCACACCUGGACAAAGGCUGCACCUUGGUCGAGAGGGACCUCCUGCUCCACCCCCAGUCAAACCACCUCCUUCCCCUGUGAAUAUUAGAACGGGACCAAGUGGCCAGUCUCUGGCUCCUCCUCCUCCGCCUUACCGCCAGCCUCCUGGGGUCCCCAAUGGACCCUCCAGUCCCACUAACGAGUCAGCCCCUGAGCUGCCCCAGAGACACAAUUCUUUGCAUAGGAAGACACCGGGGCCUGUCAGAGGCCUAGCGCCUCCUCCACCCACCUCAGCUUCUCCCUCGCUACAGAGUAAUAGGCCACCACCCCCAGCCCGCGACCCUCCCAGUCGGGGAGCAGCUCCUCUACCCCCACCACCCAUGAUCCGAAAUGGUGCCAGGGAUGCUCCCCCUCCCCCACCACCAUACCGAAUGCAUGGGUCAGAACCCCUGAGCCGAGGAAAGCCCCCACCUCCUCCCUCAAGGACGCCAGCUGGACCACCCCCUCCUCCUCCACCACCCCUGAGGAAUGGCCACAGAGAUUCUAUUACCACUGUCCGAUCUUUCUUGGAUGAUUUUGAGUCAAAGUAUUCUUUCCAUCCAGUAGAAGACUUUCCUGCUCCAGAAGAAUAUAAACACUUUCAAAGAAUAUAUCCCAGCAAAACAAACCGAGCUGCCCGUGGAGCCCCACCUCUGCCACCCAUUCUCAGGUGAAGCCUGGCUUGGUCCUGUUCCUCAGGAUAAGGAUGGACCCUCUCCUGUGCUCAGAUGGUCCUUUCCAUUCCCCUGAAACCUGCAUGAGAGCUCCUGACGUGUUUCUCCAGUGCAACCCACCUCUAGACACCAAGCGUCCUCCCCACUCACCUCCAUCUAUGCAUCUCGUCUCUAGACUCGGUGAUUGGACUCUUUAUAUUGACAGGAGGGUCUCAAACCCUGCAUCCAUCCCUCCUCUUGCAAGCCCUGCUAGCCAGAUGAGGAAAAAGCUUCCAUGUCUCCUGCUUUCCUUUUGGGGAAAGGUGCCUUGUUGUGAUGAAUGAACUCAUUGUUGGAGCAGGGUGGAGAAUGGUACUCCUACCUUCUCCUACCCACAGUGGGAGAAGCUUGGCGAGUAUAUUCUAUUUCAUCAUUCAGGAGGCUGGCAUGGCCAGGACUUCUGGGGGGUGGGCAUUUUUAGUGAAACAGGAAAGGAAUUUGCAGAAAAGUGAUCUGUUUUAAAGGUCAUGUUUGAAAAAAGGGCAAAGAAACGGUUCUGCUUUCUUUUUAGGGGUAUUUUGGUUUUGUUUUCACCCCACCCCAUGCCACCACCCCAGGGAGAAGUUGGAUAUUACAAAUACUAAAUACUAAUCAGUUGAACUAAACAUCUAAUAAGAAGAGAGGGUGAAAUAAACUGGGGAUCCUUUUAGAGCUAGUCAGUUUCUGUGCAGCAAAGGGACCAGGAGCCAUUUGCAUCCUCUGGGAAUCCCUGCCCAUUUCCUCAGGGUGCUGAGGCUGAGGGAUGUUUUUCCUCUCUGCACUGCCCACUCCCUCAAGAGAAAAGUCCCAUUUUUUCGUUCAUUACAGAUUCACCUACUCCAAAAACCUGCAAUGGGAGAUGGGAAGAUAAGGCCUUGGCCUUGACACCUGGCCCUUUUAGUCCUGCUCAGAAACUUCAGCCCCUCAUGGGUGCUCCAGGAUGACAAGGGAAGGGUGAAGCACCUCAUGGAAGGGAUCAGCUCUGUGGACUUCGAAGGACUUUAAGGCCAACUUAUUCCAAAGUUCACAGCCCAUCUGGCUGAGUAUGUUCUUUCUGUUCCUUUCUCCACCACUCUUGCCUUCCCAAGACUGAAGGGGUUAUACAACCAAAUAGAGAAGGGUGAGGAAGCUUAUGGGGAUAGUCAAAGAUUCCUCUGUGCCAAGAAGCACAAAGACUUUGGUGAGGUGUGCUUCAGUCCAAUUGAUCUUCCUUGGCAGUCAGCAAUAUGUUUCUUUGUCUUCCAGUCCUGGUUAAAGGGGACAGAGGAAAUGGGUCCCAAUCUAGGUGGGAACUGAGCUUGGAUGGUGCGACAGGGACUUCACCAUUCUCCAGCAGCAGGAUGGGGCUCCUGGGUUCUACACAUGGGUUGGUUUGGUUUGCUACAGCUCUUGCCAAGUGCAGAGACUGCUCAAAGCUUGGAGUUAGAGCAGGAGAGCCAGGGCUAUUCUUUGAAAUGGAUGGGGAGAGUCAAUUAAAAAUUAUCACCAGGUACAUCAACAGGCUUAAACUGCCUUAGGGACCUCUCUAAUCUGUUAGAUCACAGACUAAGGAUCUGUGCCUGGUGCCCAGUGAAACCCAAGUCUGGGAUUCCCAGUGCUAGAUGGGAGAGCUCUCAACUUGGGUUAUUUGUAUGGGGUCUGCUAUCCUCUGCCAUCCCCUGGACUACAUUGGCCCUUGGGACAAACCAUGGUGAGGUCUGUCACCAAACUUUUCUAAUCAUUCUCUUUAUUGUUUUUAUUUUCAAAUCUGUUAGCAGUUACCUCCCAGCAGUAUAUCCCUAGCAUCCUGAAGCCAGGAUAGCUGAGACAGGGCACUAGUGGAGGGAAAAAGAGUUACAAGAAUUAAUUCUGCAGCAGAGUUCCAGGGAGAUGCUGACCAGUUACUGAACUUGGACUGUGAAGUCUUCCCAUUUGUUUUUGAAAUGGGAGUUGAUGCCUUUUGUACACUGUUAUCAAAGUAUAUCUUUUUUUUCCCUCCUUUACUCAAACAUAGAGCAUCAAAAUGAGUAUCACAAGUAAAAGCCAAACCCCAGCUUUUCAUUGGGGCUGAUAAUCUUCCUCCUCUGUGACCUGCUGUCCCUCAUAUUCCCCAGCAUUUGGGCUGUGUCACAUGGGUAUUGAUUGUAUUCUCAUUUUCUUGGCCUCAUGAAAAAAGGCCUGGGCCUAGAUCUAAUCAGAGGGAUUUUCUUCUUGAGAGCAUGUUGAUGGCACAGUACCUAUUUAAAUGUCUUUUGCCUUAUACGUUAUUUGGUCCCUCUGUUAAUAACAGAUUUAUUGUCAUGUAUAUUUACUAUUGAAGAAUGGGAAUGUGAUCCUCAUAGUUAUUGAUCUAUUUUAUAUGUUGUAAAAAGCUUGUAAAAUAGAUUUAAGGUGGGCUGGCUGCAAGAGCACUAAAACUUCUCACCUUUUAAACUGCUCUUUUUAUCUGCUUGUGGGAAUUUUGUCUCUUCAGUGGAAGAUUGGGUGGUCUCAUGUUGAGACUAUUGCCCAGUCCCAUUAACCCCCUUAUUCCCUCCCAGAAGGAAGAGACAUUGCCUAACUAAGCAUCAGGAAUCUGUGUUAAAAGCCCUUGUGCGGGUUUGGUUUUAUGAUGUUUUUCUCUAGUGGGAAAAACUUAAUUGUUUCUUUCCACCCUUUCUGGGAAGCAGAGCAGUGGCUUCCAGGUUUUUAAAUGAGCUAGAUGCCCCUCUUCCCUCUUUUUUGGUCACCAGACCUGGAUCGAAUCACUUUGAUAUUCCAGGUAUGGUUUUUUUCUGUUGUGGGGAUUUCCUCCAGCUGCAGAACCCUAUCAUCCUCACAGCCUGGGCUCCCAGAGUGUGGGUUUAGGGCUACCCCACCUGAUGGAUGUGAGGCUGCUGUCUCCAGAAAUGCAUCCCAGCACUCCUAACUGGCAAACGCAAGGAGACUAGCCGCUGGCCAUUGCACUGGGGGCUUCCCUCCCCCGACAGCUUCCCAACUUGAAGCCCAGAUUUACCUCCAGGGAGAGGUGAGAAAAAAUUGUAAAUAGACUUGCUACAGAGCAACUCAGGGUUGGGGUGUGUUUUAAUUCUCCUGAUCACUUGAAAUAAUCUGUAGGCUGAGUGCUUAUGGGAGUGGGGGAGAAAUGUGACUCCAGGGUCCUUCCCUUCCGCAAAGCUCUGGGGGUGGAGUACAGGGCAUCUGAGGCCCUUUGAUGGCACUACACUGAGCUGUCUGUCCUUCUGGAAACCCAACCUACGAUCAACUGCAAAUCCAAUUCUUCACAUUCCAGUUGUAGCCUUUCUUUCCCUACUGAAUCUCAGUCCCUGGCCAUGUGGUCAAGGUGGCUUUCUGUAAGACACCCUGAUUUAGGGAAUGGAAGGCAUUACAAGUCUGCCUUCAAGACUCAUCUCUUAAAAGCAAAAUGUAACAAAAUUACAGCCACCUUCAAGAUACAUACAAAAAGAAGGAUAACUUUAACUGAAGGAAGGAUUUGGUUCCAUUCAACUCCACGGUCAUUGUGCCUUUACUUGUGUUAAAGUUCUCUGCUUUCUUCCUCUCUCCCUUUGAAGCAAUUAAAAUCUUCCUUGAUAACUGCUGUUUCCUUCUUUCUACUCUUGUUUCUAACAGCUUAGUGGGUUUCCUCUAAUUGUCUUAAAUCUCAUUCCACUGGUGGCAGAGGGGCCAAGCCUUCUUUUCUCAUGUCUAACCUUUGUCCUUUCCCACGGGGACCAGUGUGAAAGUCAUAGUCAACACUGAAUAAAAGACUAGAGUGACAUGUGUGGCGUGCGUGAGUGUGUGUGUCUGUCCAUCUUUGCGUGUGGGUCAGUUUAUUUUCUUUUUAAAAAAUAAUUUAUUGUAUGACUUAUUUUGGAGUUCUACUCCAAUUACAGUGCUCCCUCACCCAGUUAGCAGUGAUUUUGCCCCCUCCCUCCCCACAAUGUAUAGUCUGGUCUCAGGUUGGAUUCUUUGGUACAUUUCUUUCUUCUGGAUGCCGUGCAGUUUAAUUAAACCUUGCUAAAAACAAAAACAAAAACCUGAAAACUGUGUACUCUUGUCUGGAACGCCGCCUCAAGUGGUGGCGUAGAGAGGGGAGAAAAUCCGUUGCCUCCAGUGAGUGUAGUGGUUUGACUAGGACCUCUGAGAAGGUAGAUGCACUGACUUGGGUGGAAGCAUCUGGUAGCUGGAGGGGUUUUCCCUCCUCCCCUCCUGCUGUUUUGAAUACCACAGUUCAUUAGCCAUGCUCACCUGGGUGAUUCUGAUAGAUUUGGUCAUCAAUGUUUGCCACCUACCUGAUUUCAGGGGACCCAGGAGAUGCUCUGGCCUUGUCCUCUCCUUCUAUCUCUUAAGCUUCUUUCUACCUGUGCUGCAUGGCAGUCUCAGACUGAGGUAUGGAAGAAAAGGUGGGGGCAGAGCAGACAGACUAUGCGUGUCUCUUUUUAUUGGUUUUUUUUUUCCCUUUCCUGCUUUUUGCAUUGAAAUCUUAGCUGGCUUUCUUGAACUUUGACUUGGGGUGUAAAAACUGAACCAGACAUUCUCUGCUUACUGUGGUCAGCUGACAUAAUCACCACCAAGAGUUAAUGAGCUUACCUUGCACUUUUCAUCACUAGGAAAGGUCUUGAAAUUAUUUCCCAUACUGAUUCAUUAUGGGUGUGUGUAUGAAUCACUUUCACAUAAUUUUAGAUAUGAAAACAUGUGAGAGGGAGGGGGGAAAGGCCUCCUUUCAUUUUCAUCCAUACUUAACAGAUUGGCUGAAUCCCUGAUUAUUUGACCCAUCAUUGUUAUUAAUAUGAUUAAUAAACUACCUAUUUAUUGAUUUAA